CUUCGAUCGUCAUUAUCGUGCCCAUGAUUUCUCAGAAAACCCUAUCAAUCUUGCUGUCACUAAACACAUUAAUUUCUUAAAUUCUCUCCAUAACCUGAAUUACGUGCAUUUAUCAUAAUCAUAAUACCUCACCUAGACACAAUAAAAACCCUUAUUUUGUGGGUGGUCUUUUCAAUUGAAUUGGUGAAUGAAAGCUUUCCGUGAUCACAUUCAUAUUAUUGUUUUGUCGUCUAAUUCGACGAAAAUUGGAGGAUUUCAAGAUCGGUUUCUACAUGACAUGGUCAACAUUUCUGAACAGGCGAAAUUGGGGAUAUAGGGAAUCAACAUUUGGGAUCCGGUCGGGAGGGUAACAGCGCCAUUCAAUGGCGCUGUUCAGACGCUUCUUUUAUCGUAAGCCGCCGGAUCGCCUCCUUGAGAUCACCGAGAGGGUUUUCGUUUUCGAUUGCUGCUUCUCGACUGAUGUAAUGGAAGAAGAUAUAUACAAGACCUACAUGGGGGGCAUUGUAACUCAACUCCAAGACUAUUACCCUGAAUCCGCCUUCAUGGUUUUCAACUUUAAAGAAGGUGGUGACAAAAAGACCCAACUUUCUGAUGUCUUAUCUACAUAUGAGAUGAAAAUCACGGAGUACCCAUGGCAAUGUGAAGGGUGUCCGAUGUUACCAUUAGAGAUGAUGAAUGAAUGUUUAAAAUCCAGUGAGAACUGGCUAUCACUUGCAGGAAACAGAAACGUGCUUUUAAUGCACUGUGAAAGAGGCGGGUGGCCUGUUCUUGCUUUUUUACUUGCUGGGCUUCUUUUGUUCAGAAAACAGUACACCGGUGAACAGAAGACUCUUGAAAUGGUGUAUAAACAAGCCCCUCGUGAGCUUCUUUAUCUUUUGUCCCCUUUGAACCCUCAGCCUUCACAAUUAAGGUACCUUCAGUACAUUACAAAGAGAAAUUUAGGGCUUGAAUGGCCACCAUUAGAUGCACCUCUAGCUUUGGAUUGUAUCAUACUUCGUGUUCUUCCUGUAAUUGGUGGAAAGGGUUGUAGACCUAUAAUCCGUGUAUAUGGUCAAGAUCCAUUUUCAUCGGUUAAAAGCUGUAAGCUUUUGUUUUCAACCUCAAAAACCAAGAGACAUGUUCGUAUGUAUAGAAAGGAUGAAUGCCAACUGGCAAAGAUAGAUAUUCAUUACCGUGUAAACGGGGAUGUCGUUCUUGAAUGCAUACAUUUGGAUGAUGAUCAUGUAAAGGAGGAGAUGAUGUUUAGGGUUGUGUUCCAUACAGCUUUUGUUAGAGGAUAUGUAUUGAUGGUAGGACAUGAUGAAGUUGACCAUAUGUGGGAUGCACGCGACCAGUUGCCAAAGGACUUCAAGGCGGAGGUACUUUUUGUGGAUGCUGAUCAUCUACCAUCUAUUAUCCCCACAGCAGGAGUUGCAGAAGAUGAGAAUGAGUCGGAAGGAAGUAAUUCAGCUGAUGAGUUCUUUGAGGUAGAAGAACUAUUCGAUGCAUUCGACUCACAUCAUGACUUUAAAGAGGAACCUUUUUUCCCGGAAGAAAAUGAACCGGAUGUCGAAAGUGAGGAGGUUCAUCCUGGUAUCCAGUCGGUCAACGACGUUGACUUGAAAUCUACAGUAGUAUUGAAAGAAGUUGAUUCGAAGCCUAUGGUAGCAGAAGGCGUUGAUUUGAAGGCUACGGCGGUGGCGGUGGAGGAUGUGGAUUUGAAAGGUAAAGUGGUGAUUGGUGACGAAUCUGAUAAGAUGGAAGUAAAAUCGGAGGGUGUAGAAGAAGAGAAUCAGGAGGUGAAGAGGGUGGAGGAUUUGCAGGGAAAGGCGGGUGGCCGGAAAAGUACGGCGAACUCAAAAACAGGGAUAAAUGUAAGACAGGCGAAACCAGAUGCUCUGUCUAAAUGGAUUCCUUCUAAUAAAGGAUCUUAUACGAAUUCAAUGCAUAUAUAUUAUCCACCAACAGCAUCGAGACAUGUAAGUGCACCUCCUGUGCUAGCCCAAUCGAAGGAUCCUAGAUUGGUGGAGAAGAAGGUGGUUGGAAAGGGAGGGCGUGCAUCAGGGAAACAAGCUUCGUGUCCGCCAUCGUUGGAUGUUGAACGAGUUAAAGUUGCAGCAGGUGCUUGCCGACCUUCUGAUGGAUCGCUUGACUUGCCAAAAUCUUUAAACAAUUUAAAAUCAGAUGCGGGUCCGGCCCAUUCCCAGGUUCAGGCCCAAGCCCAACCCCAUAACCAUGCCACUCCAUCACCGGCAGCGGCGGUGGCACCUCCACCUUCGAGUUCCAUUGAGCCUGAAACGUCAACAGCGAAAGCUACAAGUCAGAUCAGUCUUCCACAGCCACCACCGGUAGUCCAUGGGGUUCGUCCGACUGAAUCAGCAGCUGGUGUUUCUAAAAUUGAAAAACCUGUACAAGCUGGUGUGGUUGUUCCACCCAAGGAUAACCUAAAACCUCAACAACCGGUGGCUCCUGUAUCUCCACCUCUUCAUGAAGCUCCAUCUAAACCUCUGGUACAAGUUGCUCUACCAAAACCUGCACCUGCACCCCCUACACCUCCCGUGUAUGAUGCUCCUACGACACAAGUAUCAGCACCUUCACCUUCCUCACAAGUUGCUCCAUCAGCGCCGCCUCGGACUCCUCCUCCACCAAUAAGCCAUGUAGUUCCAUAUGCUGCACCACCUCCACCACCACCCCCCAUGAUUGAAGUUCCCCCUCAAGCUCCGCCGGGUAGAACACUGCCUCCUCCACCCCCGGUCCCUGCACCACCUCCUCCUCCUCCGUUGCCUGGCGGUGGUCCACCGAUGUAUGGAGCACCACCACCACCACCUCCUCCACCGAUGUAUGGAGCACCAGCACCAGCACCACCACCUCCGCCAAUGUACGGUGGAGCAGCAGCAGCACCUCCUCCACCACCUCCGCCAAUGUAUGGUGGAGCACCAGCACCACCUCCACCUCCACCGAUGUAUGGUGGAGCACCACCACCACCACCUCCACCAAUGUAUGGCGUAGCACCACCACCACCACCUCCACCAAUGUAUGGCGGAGCACCACCACCACCACCUCCACCAAUGUAUGGCGGAGCACCACCACCACCACCUCCACCAGGUGGUUUUGGAGCACCUCCACCACCUCCAUUACCUGGAGGAGCACCUCCGCCUCCACCGCCACCUGGAGGAGCACCUCCACCUCCACCGCCACCCGGAGGAGGACGUGGACCUCCUGGACCUCCACCGCCGCCUGGAGCACCUGGACCUCCUCCACCACCUGGAGCACCUGGACCUCCUGGUGGGCCUCCACCUCCACCUGGAGGAGGACGAGGUAUGGGACCAGGUAGAGGACGAGGACGUGGAGGACCUGGAGCACGAAGAUCUAACUUAAAGCCAUUGCAUUGGAACAAAGUAACGAGGGCAUUACAAGGAAGCUUGUGGGAAGAAUUGCAAAGACAUGGAGAGCCACAAAGUGUGCCAGAAUUUGAUGUAUCAGAACUUGAGACACUCUUCUCUGCCAUAGUCCCAAAGAAAGCUACUUCUAAAGAAGCCGACAAGAAAAAGGCUGCAAGUUCAAAACCUGAAAAAAUCCACUUGAUUGAUCUGAGGAGGGCCAAUAACACAGAAAUCAUGCUUACUAAAGUUAAGAUGCCACUUCCUGAUAUGGUGAAGGCAAUGUUAGCUAUGGAUGAAGAACUUGUAGAUUCGGAUCAAGUAGAAAAUUGUCUCAAAUUCUGUCCCACCAAAGAAGAGAUGGAGCAACUCAAGAAUUUCACAGGUGACUAUGAGACACUUGGCAAGUGUGAACAGUAUUUCUUGGAGCUAAUGAAGGUGCCACGUAUGGAGGCCAAAUUAAAUGUUUUUAUGUUCAAAAUUCAAUUUAACGUUCAGCUUACAGAAUUCAAAAAGAGUCUAAACACAGUAAACUCUGCAUGUGAUGAGGUGCGGAAGUCCACAAAGUUGAAAGAAAUCAUGAAGAGAAUUUUAUAUUUGGGGAACACAUUAAAUCAAGGAACUGCUAGAGGUGCUGCUGUUGGAUUCAAGUUGGAUAGUCUUUUGAAACUGACUGAUACACGAUCUUCAACUAGCAAGAUGACUUUAAUGCAUUAUCUCUGCAAGGUUCUUGCCUCCAAAUCCCCAAGCCUUUUAGAUUUCCAUGAGGAUCUUGUUAGCCUAGAAGCUGCAACCAAGAUACAACUCAAAGUUUUAGCAGAAGAAAUGCAAGCCAUUCUGAAAGGGCUAGAAAAAGUCAAACAGGAACUAGCUGCAUCGGCAAAUGAUGGCCCGGUGUCUGAAGGUUUUCAUAGGACAUUGAAGGAGUUCAUUGGGCAAUCUGAAGCGGAAGUGACAAGUGUAACAAAUUUCUAUUCCAUUGUGGGUAAAAACGCUGAUGCAUUGGCCUUGUAUUUUGGUGAAGACCCUGCUCGUUGCCCUUUUGAACAAGCUACUCAGACCCUUUUAAACUUUGUGAGGCUCUUCCGAAAAUGUCAUGAUGAGAACGUGAAACAGGCGGAACUUGAGAAAAAGAAAGCAGAGAAGGAGGUGGAAAUGGAGAAAGCAAAGGGUAUUAAUUUAACAAAGAAGGGUGGUGACAAGUAGGGAAGCAUUCAAAUUUUUACUUUUUUUUAAAAAAAGAAAUCCAUGAAAAAAAAAAGUAUAUAUAUAUAUUCAUGGAUUUUAUUCUUCAUAAGAUCAAGCAAAAAAGCAUGUGGUCAAUGAAGAAUCUACUGCAAGCCAAGUAAAUGCCAACAGAAGAUCCAAAAGGAAUUGUUAUUGAAAUGAAACAAACAGGGCUCGGAGUCCUUGAGGUGGCUUGGCUUGCACACACAGCUCUGGUGUAAAUACACACACAUAUUCACAGAGCAAGGUGAAGGUGAAGGUGAAUGAUUUUCACUAUUGAAGGAUGCAGACCAUGAAACCAUAACACAACCAUGGUGAUGGGGAGUCUGUGUUCUCGGGAAUGAUACAAUGAAACAACAUCUGGGCUUUACACUUGGCAUCUCAUGGAGUCGGGUGGAUCGGUGGUGUAUAAUAGCAUAACCAUAACCAUAACCAUAACCAUAACCAUAACCAUGUACAGAUAGAUAGAUUUCUAACCUAACCACAGUUCACAAGCUAACUUAUUCAUUUAUUUAUUCAUCUCGGUAUCAUAACACAACACAAAUUAUUUCUUGCUUUGGUUCCCCAUGUAGCUAGGUUAGAAUUUUUAUUAUUGGGAAACCAAACCAAAAUUUGUUGUAUAUAAAACUAGGAGUAGAAGAGCGAGAACAAAAAUAUAUAUAUAGGCUAUUUGAGUGUAAUUUUUUUGUAUACAUUAUAGGCGAUUCAAAAUGAG